AUGGUCAUACACUCAGCGGAUGGUAGGAAUGAACCGAAAGGAUCCAGCAAGCCCACUCGGACUCCAAAGAAAACCCCUCAGGGGACCCUAAACACCCAGGCGGAUAUUCAACUCGGCGUCGACAAACAUCCGAAUUUUGAACAGACAGCCCCUUCGACUCCAAAUAAGAGCGUCUCCGACAUACCACCGGCGCCGUCACAUCCAUCGUCCAGACAGAAGCCAUCGGGAACUCCACGAUCUGGCAAGAAAGUGCAAUUAGCGGCCGAGCAAGAGAAGAGGCAUGAAUAUGCUGUUUCUCUGUUCAACGACCUCAAUCGCACCGUUUUCAAAAAUGGCUUACCUGAGGAUACAAAACUCAACUGGAACAAACGGCUGUUAACGACUGCUGGUAGGGCAAAGUGGCAUCGGUCGCGAGAGGGGGUUCAGACAGCAGAAAUUGAGUUGGCUGAAAAGAUUCUCGAUUGUGAAGAGAGGAUCAGAAAUACUCUAUCACAUGAAAUGUGUCACCUGGCUUCUUGGAUUAUUGACUCAGAGUUCAAGGAAGGUCAUGGGAAAUUCUGGAAAUCAUGGGCCUCGAAAGUUAUGAAAAUGUAUCCUCAUAUUGAAAUAUCGACUAGACAUAACUAUGAUAUAUCUUAUCCAUUCGAGUGGAAAUGCGAGCAAUGUGACAAGAUAUAUGGUCGUUUUAGCAAAUCAAUUCGACCAGAUGAAUGUUUAUGCGGAGUUUGCAAGGUAGGGAAGCUGGUGCCUUUGUUCUCCACAGCAAACAGAACGCCGAAAACCCCAAAGACUAGCCGGAUGGCUGCCAUUAAAUCUCAAGACUCUCCUUGCUCGAUCCGCCAAACUGACCCAGACAAAGACAAACAGCGUGAAACAUACUUCGUCGACUCAGAUUCAGACGUGGAAGCACUGGGUCUGGCACUGGGAGCUACCUCAGUUAGUUAG